AGAAGAAGCGGAACCCUCGCCCCGCGCCGUCUAGAAACACCGCCACACUCCCGCCGCCGCACUCCACCCCGCUCCGCCGCCGCCGUCCGAUCCGCUGAUCCGGGCCCUUCUGGGAGCGCGCCCUCCGCGCGAGCGGCGGCCAUGGCGCUCGCCUUCGACGAGUUCGGGCGGCCCUUCAUCAUCCUCAGGGAGCAGGAGAAGAAGACGCGCCUGCGCGGGCUCGACGCGCAGAAGGCCAACAUCGCCGCGGGCAAGGCCGUCGCGCGGAUCCUCCGCACCUCGCUCGGGCCCAAGGGCAUGGACAAGAUGCUCCAGUCCCCCGACGGCGACGUCACCAUCACAAAUGAUGGCGCCACGAUCCUGGAGCAGAUGGAUGUUGACAACCAGAUUGCGAAACUGAUGGUGGAGCUGUCCUGCAGUCAAGACUAUGAAAUCGGGGAUGGUACCACUGGGGUGGUGGUCAUGGCAGGGGCUCUCCUAGAGCAGGCUGAGAAACUUCUGGAACGUGGCAUUCACCCAUUAAGGGUUGCUGAAGGUUAUGAGAUGGCAUCAAGGAUAGCUUUUGAUCACCUUGAGCGUAUCUCCCAAAAGUUUGAGUUCAGUGCGGACAAUAUAGAACCCCUGGUUCAGACCUGCAUGACGACACUGUCAUCAAAGAUUGUAAACCGCUGCAAGCGGGCACUGGCAGAGAUUGCCGUCAAAGCUGUCCUUGCAGUUGCUGAUUUGGAGAGGAAGGAUGUUAACUUGGAUUUAAUUAAAGUAGAAGGCAAGGUUGGUGGAAAGCUGGAGGACACGGAGCUCAUAUAUGGAAUUGUUGUCGACAAAGAUAUGAGUCACCCGCAAAUGCCAAAGAGAAUUGAGGAUGCUAAGAUAGCUAUCCUGACUUGCCCAUUUGAGCCUCCGAAGCCUAAGACAAAGCAUAAGGUUGACAUUGACACUGUACAGAAAUUCCAGACCCUGCGCGAUCAAGAGCAGAAGUACUUCGAUGAAAUGGUUCAAAAGUGUAAGGAUGUUGGUGCGACCCUUGUUAUAUGUCAAUGGGGUUUUGACGAUGAAGCCAAUCAUCUUUUGAUGCACAGAAAUCUGCCAGCUGUCAGAUGGGUUGGUGGUGUUGAAUUAGAAUUGAUUGCCAUUGCUACAGGAGGCCGGAUUGUUCCGAGAUUCCAAGAACUGAGUCCUGAAAAGCUCGGGAAGGCUGGAUUAGUCAGAGAGAAGUCAUUUGGAACAACCAAGGACCGGAUGCUUUACAUUGAGCAGUGUGCCAAUUCCAGAGCUGUAACUAUUUUCAUUCGUGGUGGAAACAAAAUGAUGAUUGAGGAGACCAAGCGCAGUCUUCAUGAUGCUCUUUGUGUGGCAAGGAAUCUAAUCCGCAAUAACUCAAUCGUGUAUGGUGGAGGCUCAGUGGAGAUAUCUUGCUCGAUUGCUGUUGAAACUGCUGCUGAUCGACACCCUGGAGUUGAGCAGGUGUUUGUCGACUUUGGAGCUUGUAGUUGCAAAAAUUAUGCAAUUCCUUCUGACUGUUUCUUUGUUGUGCAGUAUGCUAUCAGAUCAUUUGCUGAUGCAUUAGAGGCUGUUCCACUAGCCUUAGCAGAAAAUAGUGGUCUGCCGCCCAUUGAUACGUUAACUGCUGUGAAAGCACAACAAGUUAAGGAGAGCAACCCCCACUGCGGCAUAGACUGCAAUGAUGUUGGCAUGAAUGACAUGAAGGAGCAGAAUGUCUUUGAGACUCUGAUUGGCAAGCAGCAGCAGAUCUUGCUUGCCACGCAGGUGGUGAAGAUGAUUCUCAAGAUCGACGACGUGAUCUCGCCAUCCGAGUACUGAUGAAGGAAGCCUGAGAAAGAAGGGGAGCUGCGCUUGGUGACGAUCUAAAGAAUCAUUCCACAUGCUAUACGGGGUCUCAUUUUCAAUUUAUGCUGUUUCAUGGGGCUUAUUCCAGAACCAAAUCAUCCUAAAAAUCUGUAAGAAUUUAUUGAGGUCAUCAGAAACUGAUGGUUAUGUUGUGGUAAAUUUGACGGUUGUUGCCAUACCAUCAAUAUUGUUAUGUGACGAAAUGCGAACACCUGUUCUCCAGAUGAUGUGAACCCGGACGAUGUUACCAUGCCA